AUCUGAAACCGCAGAAUACACUUUUAACGCUACAUCUAGUUACCCUACGUCACUACAUGUUAAAGCUAUCAAAAUUUUUCAUUCACAGUAAAUUUUAGUAAACGAGUCCAGUGUACAAUUAUGAGCCAUCCUACUAAACGUUUGAACGAAGCAAACGUCUCAGCAGACCCAAUUUUAGAAUAUAUUAUCCCAGUAAAACGUUGUAGAUAUUAUGAUUACACAAAACUGUUACCAGAUGAAAUAUUGAUAUACGUAUUUACCUAUUUCGAUGAAAAAGAGUUGUACACUAUUUUAAGAAGGGUAUGUAGACGAUGGUAUUUUUUGACAGCUUCUCCAACGCUUUGGAAAAAGAUAUCUGCUCCCGAAGAAGUGCCUUUGAAAAUACUUUGUAGUUGGUUGGAGCAAUCUCCUCUGCUUACUGAAUUAGAGCUCACAGGAAGAAACGAUGUUAACGUCAUAGCUAGGAAAGUAUCGAAAUUUUGCAAAAACUUGCAAUCGUUAAAAAUCGUAAAUUCACACGGUACGAAAAGUUCAGAACUUUUAGAAAGUAGAACUCUGUGUCGGAUGUUAAAAAACUGUAAGUACCUGACCAAUCUCUAUUUCAGCGGAGUGAAGAUUUUGUCGUGUAAGUUUUUUCAAAUAAUGUCGAGGAGAAAGCCAUUGGGCGCGAAAAAGUGCAGCUAUUUCGGGCCGGUCAGCCAAAAACAAAUGAAAGCUUUGAUAGAAUCGAUAGUGACCAGCGAUAAUUAUGACGCGGCUGCUUUGGUCACUUCUGGCAACAAGAAAAUCAGUAUUAAAGAGAUUUCCAGCGGUGGGGAGGAGGUGCCUAAUAUUGACUCUAUAUGGAAUGAUAUUAUGAACCAUUUUGAUGAGUCUUUUGACGAAGCGGAUGAAGACUAUUUUCCAGAAGAAAAUAUAGAUAUGUGACGUAUGUUUGAUUUUUAUUUAAUUCCUAAUGUAGAGUGAUAAAUAUAAAUAAAUAUUGGUAAAACUAAUAUAUUUUUACAUUAA